AUGAAUUCCAGCCGCUAUGCCUCGCAGCUCGCGCCUCUGAUGCUGCGUGGCAAUCGAAUGGCCAUCUCUCGCGCCGCUCGCCUCCCUGCCCGCAUUCCUGCCAUUGCCAUCCUAGUGCCAUACCGCGCCAUAUCCACCGGAUCAUCCACCACACAGAAUGGUGACAACAGUGGACCUCCGCCAGGCUUCAACAUGGACCAGGCGAAGAAGCCACUCGCCAAAGACGCCGAAAGGAAGGCCGCAAAAGAGCAAGGAGUAGCCAUUCCGUCGAGCAGACCCACCGAGUCAGCGCCAACUUCAGCUGAAGAGAAACGAGCGCUUGACGAACUCGCCUCUCAAACUGCCAAAGAGAAUGCUGCCGACAAGAGCAAGGUGGUAGCGAAGAAGGAGGACAAGCCCAAGAAGACAAUCUGGCAAAAGGUCAAGCACGAGGCUCAACACUACUGGGAUGGUACCAAGCUGCUGGCAACCGAAGUCAAGAUUUCUUCCCGCUUGGCGUUGAAGAUGGCUGCUGGAUAUGAACUGUCGCGGAGAGAGAACCGACAGCUCACCCGUACAGUUCAGGACUUGGUGCGAUUGGUGCCCUUCGUUCCGUUCGUGUUAGUGCCCUUUGCGGAGCUCUUGCUCCCAGUCGCAUUGAAGCUGUUCCCCAACAUGCUUCCUUCCACCUACGAGGGCGCAAAGAGCAAGGAAAUGAAAGCCACAAAGCUUCGAUCUUCAAGGAAGGAGGUCUCGCAGUUCCUCCGACAGACCAUGCGCGAAUCGGGUCUCCCCAUCUCUCAAGUGACAGCUCAGAAAGAAGAAUUUACGGAAUUCUUCCGCAAGCUGCGCGCAACGGGUGAGGAGCCCACCAAGGCAGACAUCAUCAAGGUCUGCAAGCUUUUCAAAGAUGAUCUUACUCUGGACAACUUGUCGCGGCCGCAGCUUGUCGGUAUCUGCCGAUACAUGAACCUCACAACCUUUGGUACGGACCCCAUGCUACGAUACCAAGUUCGGAACCGUAUGCGACAGAUCAAACGCGACGACAAAGCUAUCAGCUACGAAGGCGUUGAAACGCUCUCCGUUCCUGAGCUGCAGAAUGCAUGCGCUGCGAGAGGACUAAGGACUCACGGCAUGAGCCCAGGUCGCCUCCGGGAUGAUCUUUCCUUGUGGCUGGAUUUGAGAUUGAAGUAUGGCGUGCCCAGUACUCUGCUUGUACUAAGCAACGCUUUCAUGUACGCUCAGGGCAAGGAUACGGAGUUCGACUCUCAGCUGUCUGCCCUGCAGGCCGUCCUGYCUUCCAUUCCCGAGGAGUUAUUCCACGAGAUUGAAUUAGAGGURCACAACGCCGAGGGCGCAGUCACCAACAAGCAGAGAUUGCAGGUCUUGCGCGAGCAGGAAGAGCUACUAGCAGAGGAGGCGCAGCAGGCCGAGGAGCAGAAGGCUUCUGGACGCACAGAGAAAGUGAGUGACAAGGAGGAUAUUGAUGAAAAAGAGGAGGACAUCAAGCAGGAUGCCGCUCUUACCAAGGCUCAACAAGACGCCCAGCUCGAGAUGCUGGCCUCGGAGCAGGAUCUUGGCAAGCAACAAAAGGCACAGGCUGAUAAGCUCGAUGGCCCUGAAAGUGAGAAGGUCGAGAAGAGAUAG